UGUUACACACACACACACACAUACACACACGAGACACACGAGACACACACAGCAGCCAUUCCAGUUUGAGCCGCCCAGCGAGACGCAACUGGACACAACAAACGACACACACUCGCACACACACACACACAUACACACGAAGCCGAACUGUUACUGUACUGAUUACCGUUUACCGUUUUACCGUUUACCGUUUUACCGUUUAUCGAUAACUGUUUAAAACACGCUACUGUCUUAAUUUGGAGCGUAGGCUUAGGGCAUUUUUUUUUGUUUUUUUUUGUUUCAUUCGUUUGGUUCAGUUCCCACGCCCAGUUUCUAGUCAGCGAAACGUUCCAAUUCCGUUUCGUUUCAUUUCGUUCCGUUUGACACAUUUGCUUUUGUUUUGCGGCGAGUCUCUGAGUUUAGAUUGGAGGGACCACAUGCGGGCUUUAUUUUGCUUACCCUCACACACACACACCCACCCACACACACACACACACACACACAGACAGCCCGAGUUAGCUGCGCUGCCCAACCGCAGGAUGCCAUAAAGAAUUAAGCAAAAAAAAAAAAAAACAGCUGCAAAUCGCGUCAAAUGAGAUCGAGAAGCAGCAACCGCAGCCGCAAUUCCGAGAAGAACUUGAAACGUUUUACGAUUUCACAACACAAGCAACAAAGCUCAACGACCAGUGAACGCACCGAGACGAAGUCUAAAGAUGGCGGCGCAGUUGUCACCACAACAACAACAAAAGUUACCACACGCACUGUGAGCGGCAGCGCUGCCUCCAAGAACAUUUCGCCGCUGGCCAAAUUCAAGCAGCUCGACAAGGCAGCUGCCCAGCAGCAGGCUCAAAAAUCAUCUCCAACAACAAGCACACCCACGACCCCCGGCGGUUCAGCACAACCGUUAUUCAAAUUUACCGAUCCGGCAUUAAAUGCGCGCGCCGCCACUGUCAAGGAUCAACUUCUGCAGUGGUGUCAGCACAAAACGCAGGAAUAUGAGAACGUCCAAAUAAGCAACUUUAGCUCGAGCUGGUCAGACGGCUUGGCCUUUUGUGCGCUGAUACAUCAUUUCUUGCCAGAUGCAUUUGACUACAGUAAACUAACUAAACAAACUCGCAAACACAACUUUGAGCUGGCCUUCAGCGUGGCUGACGAGAAAGCUGGCAUUGCGCCCUUGCUGGAUGUGGAAGACAUGGUGGAGAUGAGCCGGCCCGACUGGAAGUGCGUCUUUGUCUAUGUGCAGAGCAUCUAUCGGCGUUUUCGCAAUUGCCAGUAAAAGCAAGAACAACAACAACAACAACAACAACAACAACAACAGCAGCAGCAGCAGCAGCAGCGCG